CAAAAGUGCAGUCAUUUGGUCUUGGCCAACGGACUCUACUGCUCCUGCCAGCAACGGUUUCCUCACUGAUUGAUGAACUUUCCAUGGCUACACUUCUCCGGUGAUGCGGUGGCAGAUAGAGCGAUUGGAGUGCGAUCAGGCCGUGGCCUCACCAAGCGGGCGCCAGCCAAGCUCUGCAGCCGUGUGCCAUGGGGCGUUUUGGGGGCCAGUAUCAUAGCGCACCGCGCCAGCCCGGGUGGAGCCCCCACCGCGCCGCGCCCCCGGCCGCGACGGGCGCCGCGACGGGCACCGCGACUUGGGCGCAAGCUGAAGCCCAAAGCACCCCCGAGCGCUGCCCCGGUGCCGCUGCUGCCGCCACUGAGCGACAGCGUGUGGAAACCAACACCCGUGGCAGAGGAAGAAGUGCUGCAAGCCACUGAAGUGAAUGGCCAAAGUAGCCUGAAAGAUGUGGCAGCUGAGGUUUGGCAAGGAGGUCGGGCACUCUUUACAGAGAGAUGGAGCGACUUGUUGACGGUGCGCAAAGCUUUGAACAUGAUCGCCAAGCGAGUUAGCUUCGUCUCCACUGACGAAGCAGCGACGCUACGAGAGAGGAGGCGGCUUCUCCGCGAUGCAGCGCGGCGGCUCUUCGUGCGGGUGCAAAGAAGCGGGGAGUUAUGUUUGGAGGGCGGACCUGCGCUGGGAUACGUGCCAGUGAUGUACGGCAAAAAAAGCACCGGGCCAUUGGUGUUCCGCGCCAACGAUGUCACUGCGCUCAACGUGGCGUGGCAGUUCUUCCUGAAUGGGCUCAACUAUAGUUUCCUGUCUCACAAACUGCACCCAUUCUUCGGCGUCUAUUUUACCUUGUCGCCAACCGAACAUUUCCAGCUUCUGAGAGAUUGGCUGAAGACCUGGAAACCUAGCUCCCCGAGUCGCGACGGUCGCGUUCUCGACCUCGGCACUGGUUCUGGAGUCAUCAGCUUCCUGGUGCAGCAGCUCUGUCCCGAAGCGGAGAUCCUGGCCUCGGACCGCUGUCCCAACGCCGUCUUCUCCGUCACCGCCGAGCUGCAGCGGGCGAUGAUCCCGCGGAUCCGGGUGAAGCGUAGCGACCUCUUUGAGGAGCUGACGGAGGAGGCACCCUUUGACCUCAUCAUCUUCAACCCGCCCUGGGUUCCGGAGCCACCGGAGCGCAGCGCAGCGACGACGGCCGGAACGGAGGCCGACGUGGUCUUCGGCAACGACUAUCCGCCGGAGCUGUUCCCGCGGCUCUUCGCAGAGGUGUCGGAGGUUCUGCAACCAGAUGGCCAUUUGUUGGUUCUCUUCUCGAACUAUGCGCAGUGUCGUGGUCUUGCGGAGCGUUCGCCCAUGGAAGAUGGCUUACGAACUUUGAAGCUCAACCAGGUGCAGCGUCGCCCGGUGGAAGAGACGGACAGGAAUAAGCACCGACAAACUCGUAGAGACAAAUCUUGGUCUUUCAAAGAAAAGCACCAAGUGGAGCUUUGGGAUUUCAUGAAGAAAAACGACCGGGCGAUCGGCUCUGCUUUGGUACUCGAGAUCUGUGCCAAAUUUGGUGCUGACAUGUUUGGAGAUCGCGAUUUUUGGUGUCAGAAUGCUGCAAAAUAA